UCAUUGUUAAUUAAACCAAUUAAUCAUAAAGUAGAAUUUACGAAGGCAAGAGGUGCUUUGAAAUUUGAAUUAAAAAAUAAAGAAAAGAAAUUUUAAUUUUUAUAGAUAUUUACUAAACUAAUUAAAACAGCAACAAAAUGUCUUCGCGCAAAACUGCUGGUCGUCGUGCUACCACCAAAAAACGUGCUCAACGUGCCACUUCAAAUGUUUUUGCCAUGUUCGAUCAAGCUCAAAUCGCGGAAUUUAAAGAGGCAUUCAACAUGAUCGAUCAGAAUCGUGAUGGUUUUGUGGAGAAAGAAGAUUUGCAUGAUAUGCUUGCUUCGUUGGGUAAAAAUCCUACCGAUGAUUAUUUGGAACAGAUGAUGAAUGAAGCACCCGGUCCAAUUAAUUUUACAAUGUUUUUGACAUUGUUCGGUGAACGUUUGCAGGGCACUGAUCCCGAAGAUGUUAUUAAAAAUGCCUUUGGCUGUUUUGACGAAGAAAAUACUGGCGUCAUACCGGAAGAUCGCUUAAGAGAAUUACUGACGACAAUGGGUGAUCGCUUCACUGACGAAGAUGUUGACGAAAUGUAUCGGGAGGCGCCUAUUAAAAAUGGUUUAUUCGACUACAUUGAAUUCACUAGAAUUCUUAAGCAUGGUGCCAAAGACAAGGAUGAGCAAUAAAAUUGACUUUUAUUGAUCUGCAUGGGUAACCAACAUUCCCUUUCCCAUAAAAUGGUUUAUAUAUCCAAUUAGCAACAAAUAUUGUAUUCUUCUUCUUCUCAUUUGAUUUAAUGAUAAUAACAUUUUUACUCCAAUACGAAAUUGUUGUUGCUUUUCGUAAAUUUAUUUGCAAUUACUCUUGAAUCAUUUUUUAUCAUUCUUUCGCAGUUGGACCGUCUUGCUUCCAAUAUCAGUGGCGAUCAUUUAACUAUAUCUACCGAAAUCAUUGCCUGUUUUAUCUUUAUGUACCAGUAUUUGCAUUUGUCUAUCAGACAUAUAUAUAUAUAUAUAUACAUAUAU